GAGGAGGCGAUCGGGAUGCCCAACUGCGACAUCACCUGCGGCGACAAGAAGGUGCCGUACCCGUUCGGCAUGGGCCCUUCCAGGUGCUACUGGCCAGGCUUCAAGCUCACCUGCGACCACCGCACGGCCGGUAAAAAAAGCAAGACCCCGCGGCUGCUGCUCGGCAACGGCACCCUCCAAAUCGAGGAGCUCUACUUGACGUACCCCUUCCUGCGCGUGACACGCACAGCCAGCCACGGCGGCAGCCUCGACGGCAUGCCCUACAAGCUGUGGAGCGGCAAGAACCAGCUCACCCUGACUGGCUGCAACGUCCGGGCGACGCUCAAGAACGGCAACAUCACCAUGGCCAGCUGCUCCUCCGUCUGCGAGACCUACGAGACCACCACGGCGCCCUACAUGCUCACGCGCGACUCGUUGCCGUGCUCCGGCACUCACUGCUGCCAGGCGGAUAUCGUCGUCAACCGCCAGCACCAGGUUCACCUCGGCUACCUCACAUCCUACAAGGUUGAGCUCACAUACUUGAGUUGGAACCGCGCCUCAGACGAGGUGCGGCUCCCCACUCGCGUGUUCCUCGCGGAGAAGGGGUGGUUCGAGCAUGUCUGGCUCGCUACCGACCCGGCACCAGCAGAUCAGGAUGACGAGGCGGCAUUGCAGUUGCAGGUGCCCAUUUGGCUGCAAUGGGAGAUCGUCGGCGACGGCGUAGAGCCGGCUUAUCGCCGCAACAGCACCGAUUACCAGUGCCCCGAGGAAGCAGCUGGCAGAGUCUGCAAGAGCCACCACAGCACCUGCCGCAAGGGUACAAUUGGCUACACUUGCUCCUGUGAUAAAGGUUUCCAGGGCAAUCCCUAUGUCACCCACGGCUGCAGCGGUGGCUGCCGACUUUCCUGCGGGGACAUGUCGGUGCCGUAUCCAUUUGGCGUGGGCCAAGGCCAAGACUGCUAUCUUGAAGGGUUCAAUCUCACGUGCGACGACACAGGCCACGAGCCACCACGUCUGUUCCUCGAUAGCAACAUGGUCACCCAAGUCCUGGAGAUCUCAACCCGGAACAACACCGUGCGCGUGCUUGACACCGGCGUUAGCACUGGCAGAAUCUCGAGUCCAACGGUUGGCACAGUGGCCGAAAUUCAAGGAAUCUUGGACCUCAGCAUCCACGGCCAUGAAGAGGUGCCUUACUCUCUAUCGACACACAACGAGUUAAUCCUUACAGGGUGCAACCUGAUGGCAGAGCUGAGCUGGGCAAGCGACGGGAGCAUCGUCAGCGUCUGCGCCUCCUUCUGCUCCUACAACGACACCAAGCAGGACAAUGGGUGCAACGGCAUGGGCUGCUGCAGGACGCGCAUCUCCCAGUACAGCAACAACGUGCCCUCUCAAUUCAACUACAAAUUGAAAUGGUUCAACAAGGGCGGCGCAUCUUCCGAUGACGACAAAUCUCCGCCUGCCAACAUUCUUAUCGCCAAGGAGGGGUGGUUUAAUCAGGGGCGGAUCUCUAGCACGCUUCCGUCGGAGCCCGUGAACAUUCCCAUUCUUCUGCAGUGGGAACAAGUCUUCCCGUUUGGAUUGUCCACCGGAGGUGUCCGACAGCCUGUGCAAGAGCAAGCACAGCUACUGCAAGCGAGGAAACAGAGGCGGCUAUACCUGCCACUGCAAAAGGGUUACUACGGUAAACCGGACGCCAACCCCUACGUCUCCGACGGAUGCCCAGGUCGCCACAAUUUCUCUACUACAGGAAAGUACAUCAGAAUAGGAGUUGUUAUUGGGGCAGGUGUCAUAUUUUCCCUUUUCACUGCAUCCUCCGUUUCGAAAAAGCUCAAACACCGAAGGGCACAAAUAUUGAAGCGACAGUUCUUUGAGAAUAACCAUGGGCAAUUGUUGCGACAGUUGGUAUCUCAAAGAGCUGAUAUUGCAGAAAAAAUGAUCAUAACCUUGGAAGAGAUAGAGAAGGCCACGAACAAUUUUGAUAAAGCACGUGAGCUUGGUGGUGGAGGGCACAGUACGGUUUACAAAGGGAUCUUAUCUGACCUCCAUGUCGUAGCCAUCAAGAAACCGAAGAUGGUGGUUCAAAAGGAGAUUGACAAGUUUAUUAACGAGGUUGCCAUCCUAUCACAAAUCAACCAUAGAAAUGUGGUAAAGCUCUAUGGUUGUUGCCUUGAAACAGAAGUUCCCCUGUUGGUCUAUGAGUUCAUAUCCAAUGGUGCCCUUUAUGAACAUCUUCACACCGCUGAACCAAGAUCUUUGUCAUGGGAAGAUAGGCUGUGGAUAGCAGUUGAAACAGCUAAAUCUCUAGCCUAUCUUCACUCAACAGCUUCAGUGCCUAUCAUUCAUAGAGAUAUCAAAUCUGUUAACAUACUUUUGGAUGAUACUUUGGCAGCAAAGGUAGCCGACUUUGGAGCUUCAAGGUACGUUCCGGUGGAUAGGUCAGGGGUAACAACAAUGGUGCAAGGUACAAUCGGAUAUCUAGAUCCCAUGUACUUCUUGUUGAACUGUUGACUAGAAACUGUUGAACUGUCAGGGGUAACACACAGCGUCCCACGGAGAAGAGCGAUGUUUACAGUUUUGGAGUCCUUCUUGUUGAACUGUUGACUAGAAAGAAGCCAUUUUCAUACAUGUCGCCUAAAGGUGAUGGCCUCGUUGCACAUUUCGCUGCCUUGU